UGCUUAAUUAAUAACGUAGUCACCGGCGAAAUAAUGGCACUAAGCUCCGACCUUGGAAGCCCCAUAUAAAAUUUGUAGCGCAAACCUUGAAGCUUCAACACCAAAAAAGUGAAAUCCCAACUUUGGAGCCGCCAAAGCGCCCGCCCGCCAAAAAAAAAAUUAAUAAAAUAAAAGAUCGCAAAAGCGUUUUCCACACAACGCCAUGAUCUGUCGCCGGUGCCUCCAGCGAGCCUCAGCGCUGAGCUCGCGCCUCGUCAAGCCCCCCCAAAUACAGUCCCCAGCUCGACCUUUCUCGAGCUCGAUAUCCCGCCGAGCAGCCUCCUCGCCCGCCCCCGACCCGCCAUCCCCCACCACCACGGACGAGUCCUCCCCACCCACCUUCGGCACAGCGCUCGGCGACGAAGCCGCAGAGGACAAACCCAAGCUGUCAGCGUGCGUGGAGGGCACCGUGCUGACGGGGCUCAACUACUUCAAGGGCCGCACCGACCCCGUCGCCCUCGCCGACGAGGCGUACCCGAGCUGGCUGUGGAAGUGCCUGGAUACGAAAAAGGACACGGACGAAGAUGCGGAAAAUGACGCCGGUGACGAGUACUCCAAAUCCAAGAAACAGCGUCGGCUAGCCGCAAAGCGACAACGCCUAACCGAGGCGCGGCUUCUGGCGGAAGGAAACCUGGACGCGCUGGCGCCCAAGAUCCCGCUGCAGAACCAGAGCAUCAACCUCCCCGCCAACGAGUCGGGGACGCUCGAGGGCGCCAUCGCCUCCCACGACGCGCGCGAGACGCUGCGCAGGGCCAUGCAGAAGGAGCGCAAGGCCAAGAUCAAGGAGACCAAUUACUUGAAGAGCAUGUAAUAGUCGCAUGUACGGGAGUGGCAAUAUACUGCUGGGUGGUUGGGUGGCUGUGUGCGUAUGCACCAAGUGCUUACAUGCUGGAUAGUACUAGCUAGGGAUAGAGGGAGCUGCCUACUUAGUAUAUGAGUUCUGGUCAUGGCAGACGGUAAUGCUGAGACGACGAGCGGGUAUAUUUUGAGAUCUCCCUGACUACCCGCCUAGAUAUUCUUGUUCCGGCAUUCGGCGUGAAGAAGGCGAUGAGAUGGGAGAAGCAAAUCCGAAGCUCGAGAGAGCCUCAAUUCCUAUAAGCAACGAGGCUACGCAGACACACAGCUCCUACUUCUCGAAUUGUAUGAUAUUAUACGAGAACUGAACUAAACGUGUAUACAAAUCACAACAAGUCAAUAGUAUAUAUAUAUACACAUCGACAAGACUCACAUUACAACACG